AUGGGCGCGGGGCUGUGCUGAGAGUAAUGUUACCAGCGCCGCGAGUGUGAGGAGGCUGCGUAUCGAUCCCGCGCUCAGCCAUUGCGGUGCACCGGGCUGCACAGCGACCCAGCCAGCGCUGGGGCCGGGCGGGCGGCCGCGGGAGCGUCUCUGGGGCUCGGGGCCGAGCUAGGGCUGCGUGCCGACUCUGUCUGACACGGAAAAUCAGCAAAAAUGGGCAAAGGCGAUCCUAAGAAGCCGAGAGGUAAAAUGUCUUCAUAUGCCUUCUUUGUGCAAACCUGCCGGGAGGAGCACAAGAAGAAACAUCCAGAUGCUUCAGUGAACUUCUCAGAGUUCUCAAAAAAAUGCUCAGAACGAUGGAAGACUAUGUCUUCUAAGGAGAAAGGGAAGUUUGAAGAUAUGGCAAAGGCUGACAAGCUUCGUUAUGAAAAAGAAAUGAAAAACUAUGUACCACCUAAGGGGGAAACAAAAAAGAAGUUCAAGGACCCAAAUGCACCGAAGAGGCCUCCUUCGGCUUUUUUCUUGUUUUGCUCUGAGUUUCGUCCAAAAAUCAAAGGAGAGCAUCCUGGUCUGUCCAUUGGAGAUGUCGCAAAGAAACUGGGAGAGAUGUGGAACAACACCGCUGCAGACGAUAAACAGCCUUAUGAAAAAAAGGCUGCUAAGCUGAAGGAGAAGUAUGAAAAGGAUAUUGCUGCAUACCGGGCCAAAGGGAAGGUUGAUGGAGGCAAAAAAGUAGUUGCCAAGGCUGAGAAGAGCAAGAAGAAGAAGGAGGAGGAGGAAGAUGAGGAUGAAGAUGAAGAGGAUGAAGAUGAUGAAGAGGAGGAAGAAGAGGAGGAUGAAGAUGAUGAUGAUGAUGAAUAAGUCUCUUUUAGAGCAAUUUCUUUCUUGUCUAUAAAGCAUUUAACCCCCCUGUACACAAUUCACUCCUUUUAAAGAAAACAAAAUUGAAAUGUAAGGCUGUGUAAGAUUUGUUUUUAAACUGUACAGUGUCUCUUUUUUUGUAUAGUUAACACACUACCGAAUGUGUCUUUAGAUAGCCCUGUCCUUAGUGGUAUUUCAAUGGCCACUAACCUUGCCUGGUACAGUGUGGGGGUUGUAAAUUGGCAUGGGAGUUAUAAAGCAGGUUCUUGUUGGUGCACAGCACAAAUUAGUUAUAUUCGGGGAUGUAGUUCAUUUCCCAUCUUCAGUUGUCUCUGAUGCAUCAUAAAAAUAAUUGUUGUUCUGUUAACUGAAUACCACUCUGUAAUUGCAAAAAAAGAAGAAAAAAAGUUGCAGCUGUUUUGUUGACAUUCUGAAUGCUUCUAAGUAAAUACAAUUUUUUUUUAUUAGUAUUGUUGUCCUUUUAAUAGGUGCCCUUGAGAAUCACACUUUUUCUUUUCUCUCUCUCUCUUUUUUUUUUUUUUUUUUUUUUUUUUGAGGGGAACUCAUCUUUUGCUUUAUUGAAUGCCCAUAUGGGAUCACGGGAAUAUUACAGUUUUCAUCUUUCAUAUAACCAGCUGAUAAACAAAGCUUUGAUCUGCAUACCCUGCAUUAUCAUGAUAGGGUAAGAAAAGAAAUAUAUAGGCAUAUGAUGAAAGAAUAUACUUCCAUAACUGGAAACAAAACAAAAAAAUUCAAUCUCAGCAAACUGAUACUUGUUCUGAUUUUUGUGAAAUGUAAUAUUCUAUCGAGUUGCAUGAAUUUACCAGUCUUGGAGAGUUGAGAAGUACAGAGUUCAAUUUUACAGAAAUUAAAUACUUUGGGGGGUGGGGAGGGAGGGAAUGUUAAAUUUCGUCCUAGAAGGACCCAUAGGAAGAGUGUAUGUCCAUCCGGUGUAGAGAAAUUUACAUGUGUGACUCUGUUACCAUGUAAUGGAAGUUAUAUUUGUAAAUCUCUGAACACCUGAGAGCGAUGAGCGUACCUAAAAUGUGUAAAGUUAAAAGCAUGAAAUGACCAUAUUAUUUUUUGGUGACAGGUCUGGUGAUGGCCACGGGCUUUAUACCACGAAACUCCUGGUAGCAAAUGGCCCACAAGAAAUGAAUUUUCUUUCUAAGAUUUCUAUAAAUGAUACCAUUAUUAUUUGUUAAAUCUAUGUAAAUUCAUAUUUGUAUUCUUGAAAUUCUAGUUUUAGCCCUUUAAAAAAAGUUGUAUAUUGUCUCAAAUUGAAAAUGAGAUAAGAUGUAUUUUUCCUGUUAGGUUUUAUACCGCACUCUUGAUGUUUGCCCAUUUUUAAGUUAAAUAUAGUUGUAUGGAAAAGUACAUUUUAUUAAAUUUUGCAUUAAAAAGUUAAAUGUUUAUGGUAUACCAACAAUGUCUAAUUUGGUCAAAUACAGUUCUCUUCCAAAACCAAAGCUAAGGGGUUUUUUGCAUAUUUAGUAAAACUUCAAGUGCUGGCAGCUGUAACUAUUUUCACAUAUACCUGCUUACCAGUUUGGGGGACAAUUUGGCAAUUUUGUGGUUACAAAAUUAUGGUUCUCUUAAGUGCCAGUGUUUAAAAAAAAAAAAAAGCAUUCUUGUAAUUUUACACGCUUUUGUGAUGGAGUAUUGUUUUGUUAUACAAUUUUGACUUUCAGAUUCUUAUUUCAAUUUGCAUUUAUGUAUAACUUCAGGAGAAAUAUUGAACAUCUGAAAUCCUGGAUGAUACUAAUAAACUAAUAAUUGCAGAGGUUUUAAAUACUUAA